CUCUGUAUGUGUGCAUUAUUCUCUCUCUCUUUUCCAUUCAAUUCACUUUUUUAUUUAUACGCACAUUUGAUGAAAUGAGGUGUUGACCGAAACCCUUCUCCUCCUCAACCAAUGGAUCCCUUUGCUGAAGGUGGGAGCUUGGAUCCGGAGAACAACACCGGCGCCGGAAGCUCGUCAACGAUGGCCGUGGCAGCAGGGUCAUCCUCGUCGUCUUCCUCGAGCCGGUACGAGAAUCAGAAGCGGCGGGACUGGAAUACGUUCGGGCAGUACCUGCGAAACCACAGGCCGCCGCUGGCGCUGUCCCGGUGCAGUGGAGCGCACGUGCUCGAAUUCCUCCGGUACUUGGACCAGUUCGGGAAGACGAAAGUCCACACGCCGAUCUGCCCGUUCUACGGCCACCCGAACCCUCCGGCUCCCUGCCCUUGCCCGCUUCGACAAGCUUGGGGAAGCCUCGACGCGCUCAUUGGUCGGCUCAGAGCAGCGUACGAGGAAAAUGGAGGGAAGCCGGAGACCAACCCUUUCGGAGCUAGAGUUGUCAGGCUCUACCUCCGAGAGGUUCGUGAUCUCCAGUCUAAAGCCAGAGGGAUUAGUUACGAGAAGAAGAAACGGAAACGCCCUUCACAACCUCCUCCUCCACUAGCCCUCCCCGCUCCGCCACCGUGACCGGCGGGCCUCCAAACAAAACCUAGCUAUGUACUAUUUGUUUGUCAAAUAAGGCAAAUAAGGAAGUUUAAAGAUAAUUAUGGGACGGCCCAAAAAGGAAAGUGUAAAGAAGAAUGUGAACCGGAGGGAGUAGUGUCUGUGAGGUUAGAUGUCAAUAUCCUUGACUCUGGGAUGAGUUUCGAACUUUUGAUCUCUUCUGAUCCUUGGAAGUGUCACAGUGAUUCCAUCGUACCACAAGGUGAUUGGCAAUUCACCUAUUUAUUUCACAAUAAGUUCUAAACUUAUGUCAAUAACGUUGUCAUUAUUCUUAUUUUGGAUGUCUAAAAAACUUUGUCACUUUCUCUUUUAGUCAAUGAAUUUGUGAUUUCUAUUAUUUCUGUAUGCUCUACACAAACUUUAACCAAAUAUUUUUUACUUUAUUAUUCCAUAUACCAGCCAAUGUGAA